AUGUCACUCACCCUAUUUGUCAUCUACAACAACAGCACCUCUUUCCUAGGGAAACUUGGAUACAACUUUCGCCGCAUGAGCGCGACCGCUGAGAGUGGUUCUGCCUGUGCUGCCUCCGACCUCACUCACGGCGGCGACGAUGAACAAGAAAAGCCUGAAUGGAUUGAGACCAAAAAGCACAUUCCUGCCACCAUCGAACAGGUUCACUACGACAAAGCCCCAGCUGACCUCAAGAAGUACGUCGAGAAGAAUCACUACGAGUACCCCUGCAUCGUCGGCAAAGGGCCCGAUGGCCGCUAUCAUAUGCUCUUGACCGAUUCAGAUCUUGGCGAGGUGUCCCACGACUACCAAAAGUUCAUGAAGGUCCUCCGGGCCAACGUCAAGUCAAACGGUCUUCCUUGGGACGAAUCAAAGCCGGCUGCUGUCGCGGCCUGA